AUGUGUCUACUGCACCAAAAUAAUCGCGUCUGGUUCGGUGAAAUGGCUUUGGCUGUCAACACCUAUAUCAAACUCGCGCUAUGCGUAACUCUACUACUUGGUGUGGAGUGCCGCGUGAUCAAAAUCGAGGAGGACGGUGGCGGUUCCAGCGACUUUACAGCGAAGAUACUCAUAAAAUACGAGAAGAGGGAUAUUCUCCCAAAGUUGAGACACAAGGAGCAUAUGCGCCCGGAAAUAGUGUACUCGUUGGAACAUAAGAAUAUGAACACUAAAACUGAUGAUCCUCCAGAGACGAAUGACUACGAUGAUAUUGAUAGCUUCAAAAGCGUUAUGCCCAAGAGCUCGUUGCCCGAUAACUUGUUUGAGGAGAAUAGCGAACAGAACGAAGCACGGUCCAUGGGAUGGUCUCACUAUAAUCCAGCGUUAGAACCGAUUCCGGACUUCACACCGCGUGUUGGGAUUAAUUACGGGUAUUGCCCCCAAGGGCAUAUAAGACUUGGGAAUGAUUGCUUUCCGAAUAGUAAU